CGCAUCAACAACAUGAACUCCUUCAAUGGUAACUCGAUCGUGAUGGUGGCAGUGAUGUUGCUGCUCGCCACGGUAGUAACGGCUGCACCGAACAGCUGCGCCAAGCUGGACACUCAGACGGAUCCCUUCUCGUGCUGCACCAUCCCCAAGCUGCUCGAUCUGGCCGUCGUCGGUAAGUGCUUCGAGCAGUAUCCGAUCGAUCAGCCCGAUGCGAAGGGCAGCAAGCCGGCCAGCAGCACUCCCCAAACGGAUUGCAUGUCGGAGUGCAUCCUGAAUGCGACGGCCAUCUACGACAAGAAGGGCGACCUGAACGAUAAGAAGCUGAACAACGUGUUCCUCGAUAGUCUGCCAAAGAACAGCCCCUGGUUGAGCGUGGUGCGCGAUGCGGUCAAGCAGUGCGGUGAGACGGCCGCCAAGAAGGAGAACGAGUUCAAGAAGGCCGUGGCGGACCAGAAGAAGGCGGCCGGAGCGAAGGCCGGUCCGGUGUGCAAUCCGGAGGCUAGCUUCCUGGUCGACUGUAUCCAUACGACCGUAUUCAGCAACUGCCCGACCACCCUGCGCUCGACCUCGGCCGAUUGUGAUGCGAUCUGGAAGUUCCUCAAGAACUGCCCAUUCAGUGCUCUGCGUCAGUAG